AUGAGCUCCUCUUCAACUUCAAGUGGGAAGCUCCCCUUCGAGCUCGAAUCCAUCUUGACCUCGUCGGCGACGAAUCCAUCCCACGCAGUACCGUCUACACCGUCAUCGAGCAAUGGGACCGUCUCGACGGCAUCGGGAGGAAUGGACUCGAUCGCUGCAAGCUCGGCAAACAAGGGUUGGAUCGCGAGCAUGUUGGAUUCAAAGUAGGUGAAUUGAUCCAAGGGUGAUCACGAAGUGUCCGUUCUUGGCUGAUCCGUUCGUCCUGGGUCCGCCUACAGUCCCAUCUUUAGCGCCGGUUUCGGAUUGAUGGUCAGUUCUCAAACGAUGCCUCGAGCUCAAGAAAGCUUAUCCCCACCUUUUCCUCCACGCUCAGGCCGUCGGUGUAGGUCUAACAUUCCUCCGACGCUCCGCCGUGCAAAUCGGGACCCUCGCCCAACGUCGUCUACUCGUCUCGCUCGAAAUUUCCUCCAAAGACGCCUCCUACCUCUGGUUCCUUCAAUGGAUGUCCCAACAAGCGGCCAAACAAGCCUCCUUAUCCCAGAAACCCCUCCGUCGUAUAGGGUGGGAUUUGGAUGGUUUGGCAUCGAGGUUGAAGAGCCAUGAGUUGGCGGUCGAGACCAAGUAUGAACAGAGGGGGGAUGGCAGUUCGUCAGCGGAAUUUUCGUUGGUCCCGGGUCCGGGGACACAUUAUUUUAGGUAUCGCAAGGCGUGGUUUCAGGUGAGCGAGAGUAGGAAGUCCAUGUAUGUGGGCAUCGUGUCCAGAACUGACUUAGAGGCCUUCCUCUAAGGUCAAACGCGAACGAGCGACCAACAUGCUCGACCUCAAUUCUGGCACCCCAUGGGAAACCGUCACCCUCACGACCCUAUCCCGAGAUCGUCAGCUGUUUUCCUCCCUCCUCACCGAAGCGCGAUCAUUAGCUCAAUCGGCACAAUUGGGGAGAACGGUGAUUUACACGGCUUGGGGAACGGAAUGGAGACCUUUUGGAAGGCCGAGGAUGAGAAGGGCGUUGGAGAGCGUGGUGUUGGAUAAGGGGGUAAAGGAGAGGAUUGUCGGGGAUGUGGAGGCGUUCAUGAAGAGGGGGAGUUGGUAUUUUAAACGAGGUGAGUGUACACAAGGGCGCGGCUCGAUCCGAUCUCACGACCACUGACUCCCACCCCUGAUCGAAGUAAAGGCAUCCCCUAUCGUCGAGGCUACCUCCUCCACGGCCCUCCAGGCUCUGGCAAAUCUUCCUUCAUCCAAGCCCUCGCCGGAUCGCUCGAAUACAACAUCUGCGUCCUCAACCUCUCCGAGCGCGGUCUAACGGAUGACAAGUUGAACCACCUCCUCGCCAACGCUCCCGAACGAAGUCUGGUCCUCUUGGAGGAUAUCGACGCCGCUUUUUCCUCUCCCACCGCGACGUCGAUGACGGGGGAAGGGAACGCUCGUACGCGUUCCACAGAACAAGGUUUCAACGCCAACGUCACUUUUUCGGGCCUCUUGAACGCCUUGGACGGCGUAGCCAGUUCAACCAGUCAAAGGAUCCUCUUCCUCACCACGAAUCAUAUCGAUCGCCUCGAUCCGGCUUUGAUCAGACCUGGUCGAGUCGAUUUAAAGGUCUACGUCUCGGACGCGACGGGUUGGCAAGUCGGUGAGUUGUAUCAAAGGUUUUAUUCGAAAUCUUCCGAAGAUUCGGAAGGCGUGGAGGAGGGGACGUUGAGGGAAUGGAAAGAGGAAUUGAUGAGAAAGGUCGAAAGGGAUGUGGAGAACGGUACCAGGGUUUCGAUGGCGGCUGUGCAGGGGCACUUUAUUAGGAAUGGCGCGAGGGGGGCUUUGGACGGGUGGGAAAGGUUGGUCGAGGAGGUGAAGGAGGAUAAGGAAGUCAGGCUUAGGUUCGCUAGUAGUUUUUAG